AAUAUAUUUCAUAAAUAGAUAAUAGCCUGGUUUGACUUCUUCUAUUUGUUGUAUAUGCAUAUUUUUGUCAUUGUUUCAAAAUAAGAAAUCUGAUAUUUGCUUUUUGCAAGUGCGCUCCACCCAUAGGGUAAAAUAAGGAGCCAAAAAUGGGCUCGAGGACGACAAAUUUUAAAGUUGUCCUGCUUGGUGAAGGAUGUGUUGGAAAAACAUCUCUAGUCUUACGAUACUGUGAAGAUAAAUUUAAUGACAAACAUAUUACCACCCUACAGGCAUCUUUCUUGAAUAAGAAAUUAAAUGUUGGUGGAAAACGUGUCAAUCUAUCAAUAUGGGAUACUGCAGGACAAGAAAGGUUUCAUGCACUGGGUCCAAUAUACUACAGAGACAGUAAUGGUGCAAUAUUAGUUUAUGAUAUUACAGAUGAAGACUCUUUUCAGAAGGUUAAAAACUGGGUGAAAGAACUCAGAAAAAUGUUGGGAGAAGACAUUAGUUUAGUAAUCGCAGGAAAUAAAAUUGAUUUGGAAAAAGAUCGCCACGUAACAGUAUCGGAUGCAGAAGCAUACGCGGCAUCUGUUGGAGCAAAACAUAUACAUACUAGUGCAAAACAGAAUAAAGGAAUUGAAGAACUAUUUCUAACUUUAACUAAACGUAUGUUGGAGACGCAACAGACAACAAACACCGGUUCACAAAUGGCUGGGAGUUCGGCAUCAACUCGAAAUGCGAGUCGAAGGGGUGUUGUCGUUGUAAGUGAUGAAGAGGCAGCAGCUCAACAACCAAAAUCAGGAGGAUGUUGCGGAGGAAGCGGAGAUUCAUAAAUUUUGAACGACUGUUGAUCAAUGACUGUCAACAUCUAUACAGAUACCUGCAUGGACUUGAUAGAUAUUACUGUGACAUCUUGCAUGCAAAAUAUCUACAUUGAUCUGAUCCAAGUAUCAUGAGACAUAACACUCAAUCCUCAUUACAUGCACUUUUCAGCAGUUCUUGUUAAUUUCCUGUUAUCCACAAAUCAAUUCUACUAAUCAGGGCUGAGAAAGCUCCAUACUCUGAGCCAACAUCCAGCUGAUGGCAAUUUUGACUCAGUUUACAGUUCCGAACAAUGAAAACACCAAAUUUUGUUUGAAACCUUUUCAUAUGCAAGCAUUCUAUCAUUAUCUAUCUAGAAUUCUCAAAUCAACUUUGAUUAUUGAAUAUUUUCACUUCGCUCAUAACCAUUAGAAGUUUGACUAAAAUUUUGAGUUUCCAUCUCCACAGUUAUUUUUCUUUUUGCUCCAAAAUCCUGAAGGGACUCUUUUAUUUAUAUGGCAUGAAUAAAUCAUGCUGUCUUAUUAGAUAUUUGAAGUUUUGGUAUGAUUGGGAAUCGAAGUUGUGACUAAUUAAUUUCCUAUCUAUUUAUUAUGAAAAGUUGUUAAUUUUAAGUGUAUAUAAACAUCAGUGAUUUUCUUUAAUUCAAAACGUAUCUGAUUUGAAUUCCUGCCUAUGUUUUAGGUUGAAAAUAUCCCAAAUGGGAGGUUUUUCUGAAAAUUUAUUUUUGCGAUUGACUUUGAAUUAUGUAAAUGGAUGUAUAAUUGAAAAAUCAUACAUAAUAUAUUCAUAAAUACACUUCAUGAAAUGGGCAGCAAAAAUGAUCAGAUUUUACAGAAAGAGUAAUUAAUUUUGAUCAAACGCCCUUUUUCUCGUUAAAAUUAAUUUUUCAGACAUCACAUCGAAACACUUAGCUAGGAAAUUACCAAUUUGCUAAAUGAAUAUAUUGUUUUAAUUAAGAUUGUUGUUAAACAGUAAUUACCUAGUUAUGAAUAACUCCUGUGCUGUUUCAUCACAAUACCUUGAUAUAUAUAUUUUUCUCCAGUUACAAACUAUUAAUAUAGAUUCUGAUUUCUACAUAGCUUACAAAUAAAUAUUUAAAUGUCCUUUUUAA